UUGUAACGUUAUUUUCAUUGAAAAAAAAUGUUGUAAUAAUUUUCUGCUUGAUUUCAUUUCAUUUUAUCUUGUUUUUUUUGAGUGAAAAAAGUAUUUUUCCCAACAACAGUUAUCAAUACAAUACUCUCAAUACUCUGAUUGACUAACUUGGAGUAAAAACCGAAUCAAAACAUUUGGAAAAAAUGUUAGAAUCAAACGAAUCAUUGACACAAUAUCUGAAUCAAUGGGCACAAGAUGAUUCAAUUACCAAUGUUAUCGAACAAUUAACAAAAAUAUCCGAAUUAUUGGAAAAAGAAACGGAAAUUUAUUUGAAAAUGGAUCCCGAUCCAUUGGAUGAUCGUCAUCCAAGUCGAACAAAACCGGCAUGUAGUCUAGGACCAUUGUUAAAAUCUCUAUUCAAAAAUGAUGCUUUUAUGGAUAAACUUGUUACCUCGUAUCUGUUGAAUCGUGAUAAUCGUGAAUUACAAAUUGUUGCUUGCCGUUUAACAAUCGAUAUUCUACCCGGUUUGGAAGCAUCGGUCGUUUUCAAUUUAGAAUCUACUGGAUUGAUUGAUCGACUUUUCAUUUGGGCACGUGAUGAAGAUGAACCACUUCAAUCAUAUGCUACAGGUUUAUUGGCUACAGCUAUGGAUUUAUCCGAAAUAGCAGCACAUUUUAAAUCACAAAAUGCUGAACUAAUACCGAUAAUGUUAAAAAAACUUAAAACAUUAAUGGAAGAACGGAGAAAACAAACAAAUGAAAAUUUUCAACAAACAAAUCAAGAUUUUCAUCUUUUAUCACCAAAUCAUAAUCAUUCAAUUAAUCAUAAUCAUUUAGAACCGGCAACAAAAAGACGACGAAUAUCAAGUCCACUGAAUGAUUGUUCAAAUAGUAGUUGGGCUGAAUUGGAAUCCUAUGUAAUUGGUUCAUCAAAAGUUUAUCCAUUAACCAAUGAAAUAAGUCAACGUUUUAUUUAUCAAUAUCUUUCAUCAAUUGGUAGUUAUCAAGAAUUUUUAAGCAAUGUUUAUGAAUAUAAUGUAUUGGCAAUGAUAUUGGAAAAUAUUGAUUUGAAUCAAAAUCCCGAUGUACGAUUGGCAUUCGAAUCAUUAAGAUAUUUAUCAUCAUUAAUUUGUCAUAAAAAAUUUGCCCUUGAAUUUGGUAACAAUGAUGGUAUUCAACGAUUAUUAAAAGUUUAUAAACAAUCAUUAGCUGCUUGUGGUGUUUCACUUUGUCUUUCUAAUAUUGCCUAUCAUGAAGAUGUUAUGGAAAAGAUUUGUUCACUGCCAUAUGAAAUUCGUUAUGAAUUAGUUUCCUAUGCCCUUUAUCUAAUUGAACGUUCACAUGAUUCAAGUCGUACAAAUGCUAUGAUUUUUCUUAGUUUAGCAUUUUCCUAUCAAGAAAUUGUUGAACUAUUUGAUAAACAAGAUGGUUUAAGAAAAAUUAUUAAUGAAAUUUCAAUGAUUGAUCUAUUCUCAAAAGAUAUUAUCUAUUCGGAUGAAGAAAUCUUUACUAAACGUCAAUAUGCAAAACAUAUUUGUUUUGCAAUGAAACGUUAUUUUGAAACACAUCUAAUAUUGAAAGCACAAUCAUUAAUGCAAAUAUGUUUGAAAAAUUCUUCCAAUAGCAACAGCAGCAGCAACAACAUUAAUAAUGAAUAUUAUCAAAAUUAUUCACGUUUGAUUAAUAUACAAUUUCCAUCGAAAAAACCAAUCAAUUAUGAUUAUGAUUUAAUAAUGGAAUAUGUUGAUGCAAUGUUAUCAUUUAUGCCAUUACGUUUACAAUGGGAACCAGUUGAAAAAUUAAUCAAAUAUGGUGGUGCCAAAUUAUUAAUGCAAUAUAUUAGUAUGUCAUAUGAUUGGAAUUUUACCGGAAAAUCUGAUGCUGUCCGUAGUGCAUUAGAUAUUCUAGUUAUUUGUACAGUAAUGCCAAAAUUUCAAUUAAUCCUUACCGAAUCGAUACCAUUCGAUGAUGGACAUCCUGUUGUUAGUAUGCGUAUAAUUUUAUCAGCUGCAUCCGGUGAAUUGAUCAAUGAUCCUGAUUGUCAACGUUCAGCAUUGAAUAUUAUUGUCAAUUGUGUUUGUGGUCCAAUAAAUCGUCUGAUGAUAAAUAAUUCGAUCAAUACGGCAACAACAAAAGCAUCAUCAUCAUCAUCAUUAGGUAGUGCAAGUAAGAAAAAAUUAAUCCGUUAUGGUGAAGAUAUCUUAAAUAAACUAUGGAAUUGUGUUCGUUUUAAUAAUGGUAUUAUGUUAUUGAUUAAUUUAUUGGUAACAAAAACACCGAUUACUGAUGCUGAUUCAAUACGAAAAUUAAGUUGUAAAGCAUUAUGUGGAUUAGCUCGUAGUGAAAAUGUACGACAAGUUAUAUGUAAAUUACCAUUGUUUACUGAUGGACAGAUUCAAGCAUUAAUGAAAGAACCAAUUUUACAGGAUAAACGAGCUGAACAUUUAAAAUUUUGUAAAUAUUGUAUUGAAUUGAUUGAAAGAAUUACUGGUACACCGGUUACCGAUACAAUGGAAACAUCAUUAGGAAAUUUAAACAAAGCUGAAGUGAUUACACAAACGAAAAUUGUUUACAAUGAAAAAGAAUUAUUGAAAUUGAUUCAUAAUCAUUUGAUUGCAAAAGGUUUACGUAAAACAGCACAAAUAUUAUCAGAUGAAGCUGAUUUAUCCGAUACAACAACAAAUAAUCAGAUAAAAAAUCAAUUGAAAUUUUCAACACCACCAAAAACAUUUACACCAAGAGUGUCAAGACAAAUAUCAGCAGUAGCAUCUGCAACAUCAAAUUCAUCACAAAAUUCUAUAAGUAAAAUAUCUUCCGAUGAUAUAGUCGAAACAUCAACCAAUACCGGUAUACCGAUUCGAAUUAAUCGUACAAAUAGAAAUAGAUUGAAUACCAGUAUCAAUAGUAAUAAUCAAAUUCGUCGAAAUUCUUUAAAUACACCGAUUAAAAAAGAAAAAUUAUCAAUUCAAUCACAACAACAACCGCAACAACAACAACAAUCAUCAUCAAAUACAACAAUAUCAUUAGAUUCGAUUGUUAUUGAAUAUCUACGUAAACAACAUGCAUUAUGUAAAAAUCCAGUGUUAACAUGUCCACCGUUUGAUUUGUUUAAACCACAUCGUUGUCCUGAACCACGUGAACGUAAUGUUGCACCAUUCAAUAUUGCUGCACGUAUGAUACGUCGUGAAUAUUAUCCACCAAAUGGUGGAUGUUAUGGUUCGAAAAUGAAUCGUAAAUAUAUUUAUAGCCGUUUUCGUUCUUGUCGUUAUAUUCGUUGUAUUGAACCGACCGUAUUUUUAGAUUGUGCUUUUGCUCAUAAUACUGAUUUAAUUUAUGCCGGUAAUGAAAAUGGUGAAUUACAUGUAUUCAAUUCGAAUGGUACUAUUGAAAAUACCUAUGUUUGUUAUGAUACUCCUAUAUCUUAUGUUGAACCUUCAAGGGAUAGUCGAUUAAUAUUGACCACAACUAUUUGGGAUCAACAAAGUGCUAUACUAUGGUCAAUUAAUGAUAAUAAUUUUGAAGAAAAAAUGUCAUUUCCAAAUGAUGCUCAUGUAGAAUUUGGUAAAUCAACACAGGAUAAAGUUUUAGGCACACAUGAUUAUGCAGCUCAUUUAUAUGAUUUAAAUAGUUCACAAUUAAUACGAACAUUUGAAGAUGAUAAUUUUUCAAAUAAAUAUAAUCGUAAUAUUGCUACAUUUCAUCCGGAUGAUUAUCUUAUACUAAAUGAUGGUGUUCUUUGGGAUGUUCGUAAAGAUUCACCCGUACAUAAAUUUGAUAAAUUUAAUGAAACAAUUAAUGGUGUAUUUCAUCCAAGUGGACAGGAAAUUAUAUCCAGUUCGGAGAUUUGGGAUAUAAAAACAUUCAAAUUGCUCAAAACAGUUACGGCAUUAUCGGAUAGUCAUGUAAAAUUUAGUAAACGUGGUGAUGUUAUAUUCGCUUUAUAUGAUGAUGAUGAAAAUGAACAUUUUCAUGAUAAAACACAUCAAUCAUCAUUUCGUACAUUUGAUGGUUAUGAUUAUUCACCAAUAGCAACAAUCGAUGUUAAACGUUCAAUCAAUUCAUUAGCAAUUGAUUCAAAUGAUCGUUUAAUAGCAUUGAUUGAAAAUGAAACAAAUUUUUCUGAUAGUGUUAUACGAUUAUAUGAAAUUGGAUUGAAACGUGAAGAAGAUGAUGAAGAAAGAACUGAUGAUGAAGAUGAAGAUGAUGAUGCUUCCGAUGGUGAUACUUAUACUGAUAAUGGUAGUGAUGAUGACGAUGAUGACGACGAUGAUGAUGGUGGAAUGGAUGAUGAAGAAGAUUCAUUUGGUGAUUCGGAUGAUACUUCAUUUCAUUCAAGAAGUUUUCUUGAUAGUCGAGAUUCAAGCGAUUAUAGUGAUGAUUUUAAUGAUACCAGUAAUGAUGAUGAUGAUGAAGAUGAAGAUGGUGUAUUCUAUCAACUUUCAAUGUGAUUAAUUUGUUCAUUUUUUUAUUAUUAAAAAAAACUUUAA